AUGGGUCAAUGGAAAGAUAUCUUUGCUUUUGGCCGACACAGGUCACAACACCACGUGGAGAUCGAAAGACGUAGACUUCUUCCUGCGUAUGUCGCUGACGAGGCACAGCCUUCUGAUUCAUCGAAGGAGAUUGCCAAAGUAGCGCUGCGACUGAAGUAUCAAAUCGAGCAGGUGGUCUCUUGCGAGGUCGACGAAGGUGUUCUCACCGACCCAAACAGUCGAAUCAUCACUCGGGAUGUAAUUGAUACGGCCAAGCGGGCUGGCGGCGAGGAUUUCAAGGCCUGUGUGGUCUACUGUCUUCUGGUUUGCUUACGAUGGUUCAAAAUGCAGGCCAAUGUCGAGCUAUGGGAUGCUGAUCUCCACCAAGGCCGAGCGGUAGCCUGUGAGGUCAUCGCCAAGCGGAUUAUUGAAUCCGAGUCUGACCAGGGCUAUUUACUCAAAAAUAUUCUACUGAAACGGUAUUCGAUCUUUAGCGAAGGAGUUGAGUCUGACCCUGCCAACGUCAUCGAACGUGCCGUGGACCUCCACGCGUUGCGAAUCAUCAGCUCCGCCGGGUAUCAGAAAUGUAUACAGUAUCUGUGGCGUGGCUGGAUUUGCCAAGAGGAAGGCAAUCCGACCAACUUUGUCGAAUACAAGGACAAGUCCAACAAUGACUAUUGGGUUCACUUUCAUCCCGAUCGAAUGAGAACCCCCCUAUACCAGAAUAUCUGCCAGAUAUUAUUUUCACUUUUCUACCUUGCGCUAUACACUGCUGUCAUUAACACUGUCAAUCCUACUGGCGAUCUGGAUACUGUCGAAUGCAUUCUUUAUGGCAUGACGCUAGCAUUCAUCUGCGAUGAGGUGAUCAAGUUCUGGAAGGUCGGGUGGAAUUAUCUGGAAUUCUGGAACGCCUUCAACUCCACUCUUUACGCGCUUCUUGUGAUAUCCUUCAUCUUGCGUUGUGUCGCCUUAGCACAUUCACCAUCAAGCCAUGACGCACAAAGACAAAUGUUCAACGGAUUGAGCUAUAAUUUUCUAGCCUUUGCAGGUCCCAUGUUCUGGAUGCGCAUGAUGCUCUACUUGGAUUCAUUCCGAUUUUUUGGUGCCAUGUUUGUUGUGCUCCGGGUCAUGAUGAAGGAGAGCUUGAUUUUCUUCGCUCUCCUUUUUGUGGUCCUGGCUGGUUUUUUCCAGGCGUUUAUUGGCAUGGCCCAGGUGGACUCUGAUGUUGAUAUUACCAGACCUAUUAUCCAAGGCAUGGCCAACAGUGUUAUGCAGAGUCCUGAAUUCGAAACCUUUCAGGACUUUGCCUUCCCGUUCGGUAUCAUACUGUAUUACGUCUUCAACUUUGUUGUUAUGAUCGUUCUCUUGAAUAUCCUCAUCGCUCUAUAUAACAGUGCGUACGAGGAUAUAUCCGGAAAUGCGACUGACGAAUACAUGGCAAUCUUCGCCCAGAAGACCAUGCAGUUUGUCCGGGCCCCCGACGAGAAUGUCUUCAUUCCACCCUUCAAUUUAAUUGAGAUCGUAUUCCUGGUGAUUCCAUUGGAAUGGUGGCUUUCCCGGAAACAUUACGCUAAAAUCAAUGAUCUUGUCAUGGGCGUCCUCUAUUCACCUCUCUUGGUAGUCACUGCUUGGAUUGAGACGAUCCAAGCGGAGCGAAUCAGGUGGAAUCGUCGCCGCGGAGAAGAAGACGAGGAUGAUGUCCAGGAAUGGGAGAAUGUGGCGGAAGGUGUUGAUUUUGAUGUGGACGAAACUUGGAGAGAAGAGGUGAAGCAGAGCACGCCCGAUAUCAGGGUUGAUAACUGCACUGUAGAGCGCGUCGUGGAGGCGAACCCUCUGGAACCAAAAUUAUAUCGAAGGUGGCUUCUUCUACUUGGGCAUUCCCGCUUAGAUUGUCUUCCUGCGCGGUCUCUUUAUGCGAUUUUAGACUCUCGUUUGCUGGACCCUGAUUGUGGUCGUCCGCUUGCCAAAAUGGCAAAACUCGCAGAUGACCCCCAGAUCCAAUAUGCCUCCCUGCAUAAUCCUCUCCCAUGGCAAUUUCAUACAUAUGUCUGGCCGUUCCUGGUUAUCUGGCCUGCCUUUUUCGCCUUCUACCUCUCCCCUGAGCGUUACGACACCUACAUCCAGGGUCAAGAAUGGACCUUCGUGUGGUCCGGGUCCAUCAUCACGGUCCAGUCGCUGCUGUGGCUAAUGACAAAGUGGAAUAUUAAUAUCAACACACUGUUCACUACUACCCGAGCCAAGUCCAUCGAUUCUGCCCGCCUAAUCAAGGUCAUUCCCAUUACCAACGCCGGCUCUGCCGAGAUCUGCUCGCUUAUCCAUGACAACUCGGGUGGAAAGAAGACGGUCUCCUUCCUGUUCCAGAAACGCCGUUUUUUGUUCUAUCCCGAACGUCAUACCUUUGCCCCAUUGUCCUACGUCCUUGAUGCGGAGCCUAAGCCCGCCCUGAAGUAUUUCCAGCAGAGCAAGGGCUUUACUACCAAGGCUGAGAUCGACCGCGUGCAACACCAUUACGGUGACAACACAUUCGACAUCCCUGUUCCCGGCUUUGUGGAGCUCUUCCAGGAGCAUGCAGUGGCACCGUUCUUCGUCUUCCAGAUAUUCUGUGUUGGACUCUGGAUGCUGGAUGAAUACUGGUACUAUUCUCUAUUUACGCUCUUCAUGCUCGUUGCUUUUGAAAGCACCGUGGUGUGGCAGCGCCAGAGAACAUUGAACGAAUUUCGUGGUAUGAAUAUCAAGCCUUAUGAUGUGUGGGUGUUCCGCGAGAAGAAGUGGCAGGAAAUCACCAGCGACAAGCUUCUCCCGGGUGAUCUUAUGUCGGUGAAUCGCACAAAGGAAGAUGGUGGUGUUGCCUGCGAUAUUCUUCUUGUUGAGGGCAGCGUUAUUGUCAAUGAAGCCAUGUUGUCCGGAGAGAGCACCCCGCUCCUGAAGGACUCGGUUCAGCUUCGCCCUGGAGAUGAAUUGAUUGAGCCAGAGGGCCUGGACAAGAACUCGUUCGUACACGGAGGAACUAAAGUGCUUCAAAUUACGCAUCCCAACGUCAACGGUGAAGAGACCCUCAAGAAUCUCGCAAGCGGUGUUACAAUGCCUCCCGACAACGGCGCUUUGGGUGUCGUUGUGAAGACCGGAUUUGAGACCAGCCAAGGUAGUCUCGUGCGUACUAUGAUUUACUCUACUGAGCGUGUCUCUGCAAACAACGCUGAGGCCUUGUUGUUUAUUCUCUUCCUUCUUAUCUUCGCACUCGCCGCUUCAUGGUAUGUUUGGCAGGAAGGUGUGACUAAGGAUCGCAAGCGGUCCAAGCUGCUUCUGGACUGUGUUCUCAUCAUUACGAGUGUUGUCCCUCCUGAACUUCCUAUGGAACUGAGCUUGGCUGUUAACACUAGUCUCGCUGCGCUGAGCAAAUUUGCCAUCUUCUGCACUGAGCCUUUCCGCAUUCCUUUCGCUGGCCGUGUCGACAUUGCCUGCUUUGACAAGACUGGUACCUUGACUGGCGAGGAUCUCGUGGUUGAUGGUAUUGCUGGUCUCACUCUGGGCCAUUCUGAUGCCAAGGUUGAAGCUGACGGAGCUCACACCGAGCUAUCCAAGGCUUCGACUGUCGACCCCAAUACCACCCUUGUGCUUGCCAGCGCCCAUGCUCUGGUGAAAUUGGACGAGGGUGAGGUUGUUGGAGACCCUAUGGAGAAGGCCACUCUGCAAUGGCUUGGCUGGUCUUUGGGCAAGAACGAUACUCUCAGCUGCAAGGGAUCUGCUCCCGUUGUUUCAUCCCGUCCCGUGGAAUCUGUCCAGAUUAAGCGGCGAUUCCAGUUCUCGUCCGCCCUGAAGCGCCAGAGCACUAUUGCGACCAUCACUACUAAUGAUCCGAAGACUUCAAAGAAGAGCAAGGCUACCUUUGUUGGUGUCAAGGGUGCCCCUGAGACUAUCAGCACCAUGCUUGUCAACACGCCUCCCAACUACGAAGAAACAUUCAAGUAUUUUACCCGCAAUGGUGCUCGUGUCCUUGCUCUAGCUUAUAAAUAUCUCUCGCCGGAAUCCGAACUUUCUCAAGGCCGCGUGAACAACUAUGCUCGCGAGGAGAUUGAGUCCGACCUGAUCUUCGCCGGGUUCCUUGUUCUUCAGUGCCCUUUGAAGGAUGACGCAAUUAAGGCCGUCCGUAUGUUGAAUGAAAGCAGCCACCGUGUCGUUAUGAUCACCGGUGACAACCCGCUCACUGCUGUCCAUGUUGCUCGCCAAGUUGAGAUUGUGGAUCGUGAAGUCGUUAUUCUCGACGCUCCUGAGCAUGACAACUCUGGCACCAGACUUGUGUGGCGUACCAUUGACGAUAAGCUGAACAUUGAUGUUGACCCGACCAAGCCUCUUGAUCCGGAGAUUCUUCAGAACAAGGACAUCUGUAUUACUGGCUAUGCAUUGGCGAAGUUCAAGGACCAGAAGGCACUACCUGAUCUGCUCCGUCACACCUGGGUCUAUGCUCGUGUUUCCCCGAAGCAGAAGGAAGAUAUUCUUCUCGGCCUUAAAGAUGCUGGGUAUACUACUCUGAUGUGCGGUGACGGCACCAACGAUGUUGGUGCUCUGAAGCAGGCCCAUGUUGGUGUUGCUCUCCUGAACGGCUCUCCUGACGAUCUCACCAAGAUUGCUGAACACUAUCGGACCACCAAGAUGAAGGAACUUUACGAGAAGCAGGUUGGUAUGAUGCAAAGAUUCAACCAGCCUGCUCCCCCCGUUCCUGUCCAGAUUGCCCACUUGUAUCCCCCCGGUCCUUCCAACCCCCAUUACCAGAAAGCUAUCGAGCGAGAGGCUCAGAAGAAGGGCGCUGCUGCGGCCACUCCUGGAGAACAGAUUCCCACUAUCACCUCGCCUGGCGCGCAAGCUUUGCAGCAGUCCAACUCCAACCUAACUCCUCAGCAGCAGCGUCAGCAGCAAGCCCAAGUUGCUGCGGCCGGUCUCGCCGACAAACUUACCUCGUCUAUGCUAGAGCAAGAGUUGGAUGACAGCGAGCCGCCCACCAUCAAGCUGGGUGAUGCUUCCGUUGCUGCUCCGUUCACCAGCAAGUUGGCCAACGUUAUUGCUAUUCCGAACAUUCUUCGUCAAGGUCGUUGCACUCUAGUCGCAACAAUCCAGAUGUACAAAAUUCUUGCUUUGAACUGCUUGAUUAGUGCCUACAGUUUGAGUGUCAUCUAUCUUGAUGGCAUCAAGUUCGGUGAUGGUCAGGUUACGAUCAGCGGCAUGUUGAUGAGUGUCUGCUUCCUGUCUAUCUCCCGUGCUAAGUCUGUCGAGGGCCUGUCCAAGGAGCGUCCGCAACCGAACAUCUUCAAUGUCUAUAUCAUUGGAUCCGUUCUUGGCCAGUUCGCCAUUCACAUUGUGACCCUGAUCUAUCUUUCUAACUAUGUGUAUAAGACUGAACCACGAGACAAGGACGUUGAUCUUGAGGGCGAAUUCGAGCCAUCUCUCCUCAACAGUGCUAUCUACCUACUGCAACUGAUCCAGCAGAUCUCGACCUUUUCUAUCAACUACCAGGGCCGUCCGUUCCGUGAAUCUAUCCGCGAGAACAAGGCCAUGUACUGGGGUCUCGUGGCUGCUUCUGGUGUUGCGUUCUCCUGCGCCACCGAGUUUGUUCCCGAGAUCAACGAGAAGCUGCGCCUGGUCCCUUUCACAAAUGAGUUUAAGAUGACCCUGACUCUGCUCAUGAUCUUUGACUAUGGUGGCUGUUGGUUGAUUGAGAAUGUUCUCAAGCACCUGUUCAGCGACUUCCGGCCCAAGGACAUUGCUGUUCGCCGCCCAGAUCAGCUGAAGCGUGAGGCGGAGCGCAAGGCUCAGGAGGAGGCCGAGGCUGAGAGAGAGAAAGAGCAGCAGAGGAAGGUUUAG